UUUCUUGGCAAAUUUCGCUUACGGGCCGUGAGGGAAAAUCACAUGAUAUAUUUUUUUUAUUUUGAAUAGUUAUAUACAAUGUAUUAGUUAUUAUUGAUCAUGUCGGUUAACGAAGCUAACCCAUCUGAGCUUGAACUAUCGAAACAGCGUAUCGCUGAACUUGAGGCUGAGAACGUAAAUCUUAGAAGAAAGCUGUCAGUGUCUGAUGCUGAAAUAGCUGAACUUAAGCGCAGUAAUAACGAAUUUCUAAGAGCGAAUAAGGAAUAUAACGAGAGGCGUGAUGCUGAAAAUGCCAAACUCAGGGCCACAAUCGAGGAGUUGAAAUC